AUGAUCUACAUGCAGCAGCACUCAUUCGCUGGUACACUGAGUGACAAGUGCGUGCUACCAGCUGCAUCACAUCCGGCCUCCGAAGACGGCGAAAAGCUAAAACGUCAGGCAAAUAAAGAGUUCCAUCUUAAAGCCUCACAGGCUUACUAUUACGAAAUAUGGACAGAAUAUGCCAAGGUUUCAACGUUCGAAGUACUACGUGUAGACAAAUCAGAUAGGGAAGCAUGCAACGCAGCACUAAAGCAAGUCCAGAAUGCUAUAGUGGAGAUCAAAACCCUUCAAACAACCUUUGAAGGAGCCCUGUACGCAUUCACGGACACGGUGGACAAAAUAUCGGAACCCCUCACCAAGGAAGAAGACGAUAAAGUGUCCGAAUAUAUUACUAACGCAGAGGAACUCAUCGCCAGUAUUACUGAUAUGCUUCUUAAGUUGGAAAUGACCAAGGCUAGCCUAGCCUCUCAUAACCUUACAUUUUCAACAUAUACUGGAUCUCAUCCUCCACCAGAAGUUCCUUCAGCCAAGAUAGAGCUGCCGAGGAUACCAGUACCGGAGUUCAACGGCAAAAGCUGGCAAUGGGAUAGCUUCUGGGAGCUAUUCAACGCUACGGUGCAUUCUCUACCGCUCUCAAAUUUGCAAAAAUUCAACUAUCUUGUGAGAGCAUUAAAAGGAGAAGCCCGUGAAUCAAUAGCUCGUUUUCAAAUCACUUCAGAAAACUACCCGCUAGCAGUACAGCAUUUGAAGGAGAGAUACGCCAACGUCCAAAAUAUAAUCACUGGACUGCAUCGACAGCUAGAGCAUUGGAAUGCUAGGAGCCCACAAUUAAGGGACCAGCGAAAACUGCAUGAACGACUGUCGGCAAUUACCGCACAACUCGAAAACAAAGGCGAACCUCUCGAUAGUCCAUGGCUGCUAUCAAAAAUCCUUUCUAAAUUCACAGAAAGGAUUCAACGCAGCACACUUAAAGAAAAGGUCUCUCUGCCCCAAGGAGAGACCUGGACAUUAAAGAAAUUCAUGACAACAAUUGACAUUGUCAUAAAACGCGAAGAAGAAUUUGAACUGCAAUUGCCAAAGAGGAAGAACGUUCACAACUUCCAAGCAAAACUACAAAGGAACCGGAGUUCCAAAUCAAAGAGUGGUCUCCCUUUUGUUUCUAUUGCGAUAGCAAAAAACAUUGGUCCACAAGAUGCACGAAAAUCGCGGCACCUAAAGCACGGCUGGAAUAUUUUAAAAAAAGACAAACCGCGGCAUUGGACAGCACCAGUCAAGCCGCCUCAACAAGGUCCUGUUUCAAAUGUAAAAAAGGAAGAAAGGAAGAAGCCGUCAUAUGUACGGCAGAACUUCACAAGGAGCCUUGAAGGCGCUACAUCCAAGGACACAAGAGCUCAUAACGUUUCGGAUACUCUUAGAUACGGGGCAGAUCGAAGUUUCAUUGAUGUAACCUAUUCCGGCGCUAGUGGAAUUGCUAUGACAGCAUGUACCUAUCUCACUAGUCAAAAGGAAUCCAGCUUUCUUAUGGCUAAGUCUAAGGUUGCGGACAGUAAUCGACCAACCACUGUACCGAAACUCGAAAUAAAUGCCAUAACCAUUGGAGCACGACUUACUCUCAAUACUUUCCUAAGCUUAAAAUCCUCAAUAAGCAUAAACAACGUCAUUUUUCUAACCGAAAUCGUCUUAAAUUGGCUGAAAGGUUCUCUUGAUCAUCCUAGAACAGGACCUUACGUCAAAAAUCGUAUACGCGAGACAUGCGAGAUACGCGACAUCGUAGAGUCACUAAAGCGUAUGGAAGUCGGAGUGAAAUUUGGCUACAUCGACACGAAAUGA